AUGGUGAUGGUCUCGCAGCCGACCCACCCCGCGUUCUACGAGGACGACGUGCGCUAUCACAAGUGCAACGUUUGCGCCGCGGAAUUCAACAUUCCCCCUCCCACAAGGCACGAGCUCAUGCAGAGCUUCACCGGCGCGGAGAUCGCCGCGCUCAUUUCGGAAGGGUGCGUCAUCGGUUCCCACCGGGUGUUCUCUGACGAGCUCGAGAGACAAAUGGAGACCAUGCACCCGAUACAGCGGUUGAUGACGGGUUACCCGCACUGGAUCAAGGGCGUGUAUCUCAUCGUGGACGUGAGAGAGGACAACGGGCGGAUAUCGCUCCCUGUGCGCACCGACGCCAGCCUCGACCGGGUCCGCCAGAGGUUCCAGGCGGAGGCGGAGCGUUCGGGAUACGACGGCAUCUCUCUUGAGGUUGGAGGCAAGAAGCACACGAUAUUGGCGGGUGUGGGCUCAUUCAAAGAGGUCAAGGAUGGGGACGUCGAAGGUAUAAAGGCGACGCUAGCGGCGCUCAAGGCUCCUGCGAUGUUGGUGCUCGCGUCCGAGACAGAGCCAGACUGCGGCGAGGAUUCAGUGACGGCGGUGAACAUGUGCAGACCCGUGCAACUCCCACCCGCGGCUGCGCAACACUUGGACGCUCUGAACGAGAGGAGCAACGGCGCAGACUCUGACCUGUCUACAGGGAUCCCUGACAUGAUGGAGUGGAUGGAGAAGUUCGAGGACACCGAGCAGUUUGGCUCGUUGGAUGAGGCGAAGAACGCGUUGAGGCUUGAAAUGCACCUGGCUCAGUACAGGGCAACGAUGGAUGUUAUGAAAAAAUACCCGGGCGUCCGGCGCGUCAAGGUUGAGCAUUUCAUCGGUGGCCCGUGUGAGAGCGACGAUAUCAUGUGGUGCGUCGUGCCCGGCGGGAUGAAGCGCGGCUGGACAGUGGUGAGCAGGACGUUGGACUCCUCCGAGGAUGAAUCUGAUGAAAGCGUCAAGAGGGCCAAGUCAAACGUGUCUACCCUUGUAAGCGCGAUGAUGCUCGCUCACACCAGAGCCGUGCGACGUGAUGACGCGCAGGGAGACGUAUGCGGUGGUCAGACGGUGCGUCUGCGAAACCUGCAGGCGAGGGCGGACUUGAACGGAGAAGUUGGACUCGCGCUCCGGUACGACUCUGAGUCUGGACGAUGGAUGAUCCGGCUAAGAAACGGAGAAGGGAAGAGCGUCAAGCCGGAUAACUUGGAGGCGAUGGAUGGAGAGGGUGGCCGUGUGUUUGCGUUCUGGGGCGACGCGAGGUGGUCGAGGGCGCAACUGCUCGGCGAAAUAGCUCGCGGACACUGGGGCCUCUGCCGUGCGGGCGUCGGCGACAUCACGACGAGCACCGCAGAACGGUGGGAAUCGCUGGAGACAUCAGGUCGCAUGGCGUUUGCGCCCGUGACAGAGAUGACGGAGGACUUCAUGAAAAAUGCGCACAGAGAGAUGCAGGUGUUUAGGCCGAGUGCGGCGGCUGCGGAGGGCGAAGACGAGGGGGUCCAACGGGAUCAUUCGGAGGAUUGA